CUGGCAGAUUUUAUUUAAAGUUUCGCUAGUUCGAGCGGAGUGCAAUUUAUAAUUUAUGCCGGUGUAAAUUUAAUUAAAACCAGAAAUGAAAUAUCUGGUAAUUUUUAUUCUAGGAUUGUUCUUAUUUGCAGGUAAUUGCAAAGCACAAGAUGAUCCCGGUUCGGUCGCCGAUACAGUUGAACAAGAUUUGGGAUCAAGCAGGGAAGGUUCUAGAACUGAUGAUGAGGUAGUUAAACGUGAAGAAGAGGCCAUCAAGUUAGAUGGUCUCAAUGUGGCUCAGAUUAAAGAAAUGCGAGAUAAAGCAGAGAAAUUCACAUUCCAAACUGAAGUUAACCGAAUGAUGAAACUUAUCAUCAAUUCCCUGUAUCGAAAUAAGGAGAUCUUCCUAAGAGAAUUAAUUUCUAAUGCAUCUGAUGCUUUAGAUAAAAUACGUCUAUUAUCUCUGACAGAUAAAAGUGUUUUGGAUAGUACUCCUGAACUAAAUAUUAGAAUAAAAGCAGAUAAAGAAGAAGGCUUACUACAUAUAACAGAUACGGGUAUUGGCAUGACUAAGCAGGACUUGAUCAAUAAUUUGGGUACAAUUGCGAAAUCAGGAACUGCAGAAUUUUUAAGCAAAAUGCAAGAGGCUGAAUCAUCACAGGAUGUAAAUGAUAUGAUUGGGCAAUUUGGGGUUGGUUUCUACUCAGCUUUCCUUGUAGCUGAUGAUGUCAUUGUUACAACUAAACACAAUGAUGACAAACAAUAUAUAUGGGAGUCGGAUGCUAACAAGUUUAGUAUUACAGAAGAUCCUAGGGGAAAUACCCUGCUUAGAGGAACUACCGUAACUCUUAAACUAAAGCCAGAAUCUAAAGACUUCCUGGAACAUGAAACCAUUAAGAGCCUUAUUAAAAAAUACUCACAAUUUAUCAACUUCCCCAUUUAUUUGUGGACUAGUCACACAGAAAGUGUCGAAGAACCCAUAGAAGAAGAUGAAGCAGACACUAAGAAAUCAGAAGAAGAUCCAAUUGAAGAAGAUGCUGCCGUAGAAGAAGACAAAGAAGAAAAACCGAAAACGAAAAAGGUAGAAAAAACUGUGUGGGAUUGGGAACUUAUUAACACCAGCAAACCAAUUUGGACGAGAAAACCAAACGAAGUAACAGACGAAGAGUAUAAUGAAUUCUACAAAGCAUUAACAAAAGAUAAUCAAGACCCACUUGCAAAGGUCCAUUUCGUGGCUGAAGGAGAAGUGACUUUUAAAUCUCUUUUAUUCGUUCCCAAGGUGCAACCAUCUGACAGUUUCAAUCGUUAUGGUACGAAAACAGACAACAUUAAACUUUACGUACGACGCGUCUUUAUCACGGACGAAUUCAAUGAACUUAUGCCCAAUUACUUGAGUUUCAUUCGAGGAGUAGUAGAUUCUGACGACUUACCACUCAACGUUUCUAGAGAAACACUUCAGCAACAUAAACUGAUUAAAGUAAUUAAGAAGAAAUUGAUCCGAAAAGUCUUGGAUAUGCUAAAAAAAAUACCUGAUGAAGAUUACGACAAGUUUUGGAAAGAAUAUUCCACCAACAUCAAGUUAGGUAUCAAUGAAGAUCCUGCUAACCGAACUCGAUUGACCAAACUUUUGAAGUUUUACUCUUCAAAUGGAAAAGACAUGACCUUCUUGUCUGAUUACGUACAACGAAUGAAGCCAAAACAGGACAGAAUUUAUUACAUUGCCGGAGCUAGUAGAGCGGAAGUAGAAAAGUCACCUUUGGUUGAAAGAUUACUAAAAAAGGGUUAUGAAGUAUUGUAUCUUAUUGAAGCUGUAGACGAAUACUGUAUUAACUCCUUGCCGGAAUUCGAUGGAAAGAAAUUUCAGAAUGUAGCCAAAGAAGGAUUCAGCAUUAGUGAGUCUGAAAGUACGAAACAGAAAUUCGAAGAGCUUAAAACAACUUUCGAACCCUUGAUAAAAUGGCUUGGUGACAAAGCACUUAAAGAUCAAAUCUCCAAGGCAGCUAUUUCUGAAAGAUUAAGCGACUCUCCUGCCGUCUUAGUGGCUAGUAUGUUUGGGAUGAGCGGGAACAUGGAAAGAUUAACAAUUUCACACGCCCACAAAAAAGCUGACGAUCCUCAACAUUCAUACUAUUUAAAUCAAAAGAAAACAUUAGAAGUUAAUCCUAGACAUCCAUUGAUUAAGGAAUUAUUAAGAAGGGUCCAGGAUAAUCCUGAAGAUCCUGCAGCCAAAGAUAUAGCCCUUAUGCUAUAUAGAACAGCGACUUUGCGAUCGGGGUACAUGUUACGAGAAACGGCUGAUUUUGCAAAGUCAAUAGAACAAAUGAUGAAGAAGUCGUUAGGAGUAACGGAUGAAAUAGACGAAGAAGAGGACGAAGAAGAAGAAAUUGAUGUUCCUGAAGAUGGUGUUCCAUCAGAUGAUACUGAGGAAGUUAAUGCUGAAGAGCAUGACGAAUUGUAGCGUAACUAGUUUGUGUAAUUCGUACUCUUGUAAAGACUGUGUUUAUAAUUUAAUUUUAUUUAAUAUUAAAUAAACGUUUUUGUUUAUUAA